AUGCAGCCUAGUGAAAGAAAGCGGAUAACCCAGCGACCCAAACCACGGCUUCUCAGUGAUGAACCGAAUGAAGUUCCUAAAGACUUGGACGGUGAUACUCCGGGACGACAGGGAGCGCUCUGGGACUAUGGCAACCACCAUCCAAACUCUGGGUUUCAGGUGAAUGAGAAUUUUCAACUUGAGCUUUACUAG